CACCCCCCGCUGAGACGUAACAGUCUUCAUUACACAGCCGCGCGCUCAGACCUCCACCACUAGCACCAGACAAGGUUUGGAGGAUGAGCAUGAUAAACCGCUCGUGCAGAGAUUUAAAUAUACGUGUGUGGCAGGGGGCUGAUCUGUUCAUGCUCGGGAGGAGGUUCCUGCACCGCGGGAACGUUUAACUGGAGGCGCGGAGGUUUCUAUUAAAUCCCCACAGUGCAGUUCGGUGCAGCUCAGUGCGCGCGCCGGCAGCGUUGGAGGCGCGUCAGGUUCGAAACGUUUCUCUUCAUUACGCACGAACCGGGGACGUGAUUUCGCACUUUCGGACGCUUAUUCGUCGUUAGGAUAUCCACGGGGGAUGUUUCUGAACAGCUUUCCAAAUUCCAAGCCAUCAAAGGUGCUACGAAACGCUCCGGGAAACAGAAUGACGACGGUCGCGUGCGCAAACGCUCUGGUUUUGGGCUUUUGAUUUUCUUUAGAGGUGCAGAAGAAACCCGGCGCGCGACUCCGAAACCUUCUCCAGAUCCAGAUCAACACUCUGACCGGAUUUUAACGUUUUGGAUAAAAAAAAAUAUAUAUAUACAUAUAUAUAUAUAUAGGCCUAUAUUUGGUUGCUUUAUUUCCACCCCCACACACACUCUGGACUAACUGGUGAUGUUAUCCUCACCGCGCGAGACUAUGCGGCUUGUCGUCACGCGCAGAGUCUUUUUCUUGUUUGUUUUAUUCCAGACUCCUCGGGUAAUCGCGUCCAUAAUUACAGGAACGGAGGCGAGCUGCGACAACGAAGGAGAGGUGUUACACAUCCCCAACAUCACCGACAACCCCUGCAUCUCCUGCGUCUGUCUGAACAAUAAAGCAGACUGCAAGCAGGAGAAAUGCCCCCUAGUGGCAGACGACUGUGCAUUGGUGGUGAAACAGACCGGAGCCUGCUGUGAAAGAUGCAAAGGCUGUCAGCUGGAAGGGAAGUCCUAUAACAGCUCGUAUUCAUGGACGACCCCGACUAAGCCGUGCAUCACACGCCGGUGUCAGGAAGGUGUAAUAACCGAGGCAGAAAUGCAGUGUGUGGUUCCCUGCAAGAACCCCAAAAUCCAUCCCAAGAAAUGCUGCCCUUCCUGCCCAGGCUGUAUUUUCGAGGGUCGCCUCUAUAAAGAGAAAGAAGAGUUUCACCCCGAGGGCAAGCCCUGCAUCAAAUGCACGUGCAUCGGAAGUCGAACGAUGUGCCAUAGGGAGGUUUGUCCUGUUCUGUCUUGCCCAUCCCAUCUGAGCCACACCCCUCCAGGCCAGUGCUGUCCCAGGUGCCAGGGUCAGAGGAAGGUGUUUGACCUAUCCCUGGGCAGCUGCUUAUUCCACAGUGAGGUCUAUGAGAAUGAUACAUCCUUCAGCUUAGACAACUGUACGACAUGCAUCUGUCUGGACUCCACAGUGGUGUGUAGGAAACGCUGCUCUCCAGCAGGAAGCUGCCAGAGCGGCCAGUGCUGCCCUGAGUGUCUUUCUUACCUGAAGACAGAGGACAUCAAAUACUGCAGGGUCAAAAACAAGAUCUACAGGGAUGGGGACCGCUGGUCUUCUGUGAAUUGUACAUUAUGUACCUGUGUAAAGGGGAACAUUGAGUGUCAACCGAAACACUGUGUCCCGGUCACCAGCUGCCCUGCGAAUAAGAUACUGAACCGGACUGGCUGCUGUCCUGUUUGCACUGAAAAGCCAGGUGUGUGCACUGUAUUCGGCGACCCCCAUUACAACACGUUCGACGGACGCACCUUUAACUUCCAGGGCACGUGUCAGUACGUUCUGACCAAGGACUGCACGUCGGCGAGUGGCUUCACCGUGUUGGUGAAGAACGACGCACGGAAAACGCGCUCGUUCUCCUGGACCAAGUCAGUGGAGCUGCGUAUGCCAGGGAUGACUGUGAGCUUGCACCAGCACUUAACAGUGCGGCAGAACGGCACACGCGUCGCCCUGCCCUUCCACAGCACCGGCGUCCACAUCGACCUCGACGGAUACCUGCUGAAACUCACCACCAUCGCAGGUCUGGAGAUCACAUGGGACGGUGACAGUUUGGUGGAGGUGGUGGCUGCUGUUCACCUGAAGAAUCGACUCUGUGGUCUGUGUGGUAACUACAACGGUCACAGGCGGGAUGACUCAGUGGGCAGUGAUGGCCUGUUCAAGUAUGACGUGGACGAGUUUGCAGAAUCGUGGCGUGUGGAUGGUAAUGAGGUGUGUGAGCAGCCUCCCCGCAGGCCCACGCCUUUCCUCUGCCCUGGCUCGGUCAAGGUGAAGAUCCGAGCCCACCGCUCCUGCCACAAACUCAAAUCCUGGGAGUUCCAGAAGUGCCACUCUGUGGUCGAUUUUGCCCCCUUCUACAGGUCAUGCGUUACGGACAUGUGCGAGUGCCCGGUGCAUAAGAACUGCUACUGUGAGUCCUUUAUCGCCUACAGCCGGGCGUGUGAGAGAGAAGGAGCGCCUGUGCUCUGGAGGCCUGAACAGUCUUGUAUGACCACGCAAUGCAAACACGGCGCUGUCUACGACACCUGCGGCCCCGGCUGCACCAAAACCUGUGACAACUGGAACGAGAUUGGCCCGUGCACCAGACCCUGCGUGGCCGGCUGCCACUGCCCGGCUAACCUCGUGUUGAACCAGGGCCACUGCGUUAAACCCAUGUCCUGCCCUGGCCGGUGACCCGAGUGACUCCGGCGACCCUGCAGACCACACUGCAUGCAGGCACACAGUGGGACCGAAUCAUUUGUGAGCCUCUUCAUGCAUUGAGAGAGCGGGACAGGAUAAGUGUGAGCCUUGACCUCAUUGCACAGACCAAGCCCCCGUCAGAGGACCUCAUCCCGUCCCGUUUACCGCAUGGACGCGAGGGUGAGCGGCUCACGUCCAUGCUCGGUUUGUGACGUAUUGAACCUCCAACUGCAGGAAAGACGCUAACCGGACGCUCAAACGCAGACAUUAAAAAAGGACUUGUACAAAAUGCUAAUUUUAUUAACGCCGACUUAAACGGAACUAUUUAUGUAUUUCCUUGUUCAUUUAGAUGUUUAUUUUGUAUAUGCUGUGCCUGCAGAGGAGCGCUAAAAGCUCACAGAGAAAAGUACUGUAUUGUUUAAAACUUUGCGGCUGUGUACGACGGAGUGUGUGUGUAAGUGUGUUCGUAUGCGUGAAUGUUUCUGUAAAAUGUCACUUGCCUAAUAAGCAGUUAUUUAUGAAACAUGUCGAGACCCAAAUCCUCUGAAAGCAAUGAGCCGUCGUCUUUACGUGGGUGUAGAGGAAGCGUGGAAAGCACCAGGGCCUGUGUUCAGGCUCAUCACAAGCUAAUAAGGAAGGACAAAAGACUCUUGGUUUGCCCCUAUGGAGGCAAAUUAUUUCGUGGCUUCACUUAUUUAAAAUGCGUUUAAAAUAUACAAAUUUAUCAUGACGUUGUGAAUAAGCUGUUAAUGGAAUAAACAAUAAAAGAAUUAUUCAGUUUAAAUGACUGAGCGUUAAUUGUACUGGCUCUGCAUCGCAGUACCUUUAAGCUAGUAGGAUCUCAGAUUUCGUUGUAUACAAAU